AUGCAAAACUACACAAUUGAUUCUACAUUUUUAACAACACCGGGAGGUAGUUUUAUACUGACACAAUCGCAGCCACAAACGCCAGUAACAGCAACUGGAAGUACCUUUGAAAUAGAUCGUUUUCCAAGGGAAGAAUUUUCAUUUUUACCUCAUAUGAUUCAAAUCCUUGAUAAAGUAGAAACGGGUAGAAAUGAAAUGGAAAUAAAAAUUAUGAUGAGAAAGUUAAAAGGAAAGAUUCAUCAAUGUCAAAAAAUCUUGGAAGAUUUACCGGGAGCCGAUUUAUCAAGAGAACGACAAGAAAAAUUGAGAAAUGAAGAUAAAGAAAUUUUAGAAAAAAAGAAGAAAAGGCGUCAUAAAUAUUUGGGACUACAAAUUUUUCAAACUGCUGCAGCGAUUUGUAAUAAUCAAAAUAAUCCCAAUAUUACUACAUCUGUAUCAACGGAAGAUAACAAUCAUAUGGAUACAACAGAAGGUUGA